ACAUGUUGCAGAUGAUUCGCCCUUAAUUUCAACGUAGGAACUUACAUUGUAAAGGAAGAAGUCAGUUAUAUAAAUACUGUCAAAUGCAGCAGCAAAUACUUAAUUAAAGACUUUACGGUAACCAUGCUGUGUGGUGUAAUACGUCGUGAAAGAACGUUGGCAACCCUUGACGUUCUAGUUAUUUGUAGCUUUUAACGCGAACCUUGCAAACGCAACUAACGUUUAUUUUUAAUUAAUUGGACGGAUAUAUUUUUAAAAAUCAAGAAAUUUUAGAUUUCUUAAUAACAAUACGGCGCGUUUAGUUUUCUUAAAUAAAGUGAAAAAAAAACACUUCCGUUUUUAAUCAAAUACAAAUUAAAGUGAUGCCCGCAAGAGCAGCAUCAGCUUUACGGUUACGUUUAUUGAUGGAUGCUCCAAAGUAUAAAAACAACGCAUUUAAUAAAGCAUUCCAAAUUUGUGUCUCAUGGUUCCUACAUCUUGCUGUGGUGUAGUUUAAAAUUGUGCUUUAUUUAUUUAUUUUUUUUUCUAUUUUUGGCUACCUCGGCGAACAUUUUUCAUUUUCGUGAACCGCAAGUUCGUGGUAAUUAUCAAACAUUCUCCUCUUAAAGAACUAUGGGCAUUCAAAAUGAUUUGAAAGUCAUAAGCAAUUAUAGGAAAACGCUUUUUCAAUUCGCUGUGCUUACUUCAAUAGCUAUCGCUGCCGCGGCUUCUACAAUUAAUCCACCAGUGAUGCGAUUAGCAGUCGGAAAUAUUUUGGCCGAAGCUAAUGCUAAGACUUUAGUGGAAAAUCAGCAGCGUCCUGCUAUACCGUAUUGUAACGAUGAAAAGCAUGAACGCACUAUUGGCCAAAGAUUACUUUACGUUACCACUCUGGACGGACGUUUAUCGGCUUUGGAUAUUAUAAAGGGUGGUAAAUUACGUUGGAGCAUAACUACCGAACCAGGACCAUUGAUAUCGUCGAGUAUACAUCGUUUGGAAUUAACCAACAAUGGUCGAUUUGUUCGUAUGAUACCGUCGUUAAGUGGCGGUAUUUAUAAAUUUGAUGGUGAAUCAAUUGAUCCGAUACCUAUCACAACCGACAAUUUGUUGUCGUCGUCGGCUAAAUUCUCAGACGAUUUGGUAAUAUCUGGCGGUAAAGAAACUCGUACUUAUGGUGUUUCAGCUCGUACUGGAAAAUUAUUGUACGAAUGUUCGAUGAACGGUUGCAUUAAUUCGACGGAAGCCGAAUUGAAUAACUCAACGCGACCCCAGUAUGUGAACAAAAAGGAAGACGAUUUUACUGAAAAUGAAUCGAACGAAGAUUAUUUAAAGGAACAUGAUCCGCUCUUAGACGAUGUAAUUGUAGUGCGUCGUUUAACGCAAACAGUACGCGCGAUUGAAACGCGUAGCGGUUUAGAACGUUGGAAUUUUAGUGUGGGUCAGCAUGAAUUGGAUUUGAUACGUUCACCGGGUUGCCAUGAACGGGAAUAUAGUGAUUUAGAAAGGGCAAUUAUUGAUUUAGAUAUUAAAAUUAUCGUACCCGAGGGCAUUAUUUGCGCUUUUAGCAAAUCCAAUCCCAGUUCUAUGUUAUGGAAGCAUAAGUUUAAUCAUCCAAUUGUUAGUGCUUGGAAGCUCGGCUUAGAUGAUCAUUUAGAGGCUGUGGAUAUGUUCGGUUCGGCUCGAUGGCUAUGGGAUCGUGAAGAGGAAAUUUAUGACCUGCCACUGCCUACUACCAAUCCUUCCAUAUAUUUGGGCAUGUAUGAAAAACAGCUGUAUAUCCAGGAAUCUGUCAAUUUGCGUAAAGAAAUAAUGGAUCAAUCCAGUUUGUAUGCACACCUCACGGCUGAAUCCCAUAUGCCGAAAAUACCAUGGCGUCCUGUAGCCGCCAGUGGCAACGCAUUAAUUAUCUUUCAGGAGUUGGAUGAUACACGUAUCGUUGAUGGCGAGCGUAAUAGCGAGGCCAAUGAACUAGUACCGUAUGAUGAUGACAGCGUUGCUCUUUCUGCUCAGUCAGUACUUAAUGCGUCCGAAUAUGUAAAUGGCAAUGGUUUCUAUUUGUAUACCAGUAAUGAUAUAUGCCAAGGAACUAUUGAUAACGCGAACAAUACCAACAAGGAAGAUUUGCUUGCAUUGGAAGAUGCCAAGCGCGAUAAUCUUACGGGAAAUGAAAUUUCCAAAGUUAAUGAUUAUAAUUUCGAUUUUCACGAUGUGGAAACUUUGCGAUUUUGGUGGAAAGAAAUUAUAGUUAUGAUCUUUACGUCUGCUGUGUUGUUAAAUUUUCUGGUAGGUCAGCGCAGUCGGGGAGAACGAGAAAUUGUAGUAAUUGAACGUCAUAUACCCGUACCAACAGCCAUAGAGGCAACUGAAUCUUCUACGGUUGCUCUCUUGGGUCCUGCAACAUCUAACAGUGCCAAUUCGAAAAGUAACAGCAACAAUAAACGCAGUCUUUCGGAGUCGACUUCAAAUUCUGGAGAAAAUUUCUCUUCGCGUUUUCAAAGCGAUUUUGACAUGAUGAGAUGUUUGGGUCGCGGAGGUUUUGGAGUAGUAUUUGAAGCCAAAAAUAAAUUGGAUGAUUGUCGAUAUGCUAUUAAACGUAUCACUUUACCAAAUAAGGAAGAGUCGCGAGUCCGUGUUAUGCGUGAAGUAAAAACUUUAGCCAAUUGUGAGCAUCAAAAUAUUGUGCGAUAUUUUCAGUCAUGGGUUGAAAAACCACCACCCGGUUGGCAGGAAGAGGAGGAUAGCAAAUGGUUGGCUAAUGAGUUUUCUACGUCGAUACAAAUUGAAACGCCCACAACUGAAACGUAUUCCGCCAAUUUUAUGCAUCUUAAUGGUUGUCAGAAAAUUGAUAAAAAGACACAAUUACAACAUUGGAUGGAAAGUGCGACAAGUACUGCCUGCAGUUCUGAUCAUGAAGAAUAUUUCAAUGGCAAAGACAAUAAGUUUGCUCAUGGUGAUCAUGCUGACAACGACGAAUCAUAUAUAGUAUUCCGUUCCGAUUCGCAUUCUCUAUCUAUGCAAAGCAAUCACCGCAAUAACGAUGAGUCUACUGAGGAGGACGAUAAGUCUUCUGGUAAUUGUACACAAGUUGGCUUUAGAAAAUCGCAAAACUCUCUUGUUGCGAUUGAUAUUCACACGAGUGGAAAACAUAUUGAUUAUUCGCAAUUAUCGGAUUCGUUUCAAAUCGAAUUUGUACGUUCUUCCAAUGCAACUAAUUCAGAAGGCAUUCAAAACGAAGAGGAGAAUUACGUAGAUAAUAAAGCCUGUCGUCGCCGGCCACGUUAUCUGUCCUUGGAUAUUAGCGACGGCACAAAUAAUUGCAGAGAACUAAUGCCAAUGACAUCCAAGCCAUUGCAGAAUAAAGUUUAUUUAUACAUACAAAUGCAAUUGUGCCGUAAGGAGAGCUUACGCGAUUGGCUAAGAGACAACAAAACGGAACACCGUGCUGAUUACAUAUCUAGUAUUUUUCAUCAGAUAGUAGAUGCUGUGGAUUAUGUUCAUUUUAAAGGUCUAAUCCAUCGUGAUCUUAAGCCCAGCAAUAUUUUCUUCUCCCAGGAAGGUCAAAUAAAAAUUGGCGAUUUCGGUUUAGUCACUGAUAUGGCUGAUAUACCGAAUAUGAUAACAAAAUGCGGCGAUAAAACGGGUCUACCAUCAUGCGCUCGUCAUACCCAACAAGUGGGUACACAUUUAUAUAUGUCGCCCGAACAAUUACAUGGUUUACCUUAUGACUACAAAGUCGAUAUUUAUUCGUUGGGUUUAAUAUUCUUUGAAUUAUUGGUAUACUUCGGUACCGAAAUGGAACGGAUCAAAACUUUAAGAUCAUUACGUGAUGGCGUUUAUCCUGAUGAGUUUGCUGAAAAACAUACUAAAGAAUACUCAUUGUUGCGGAGGAUGUUAUCAUCCACAUCAGAAGUACGGCCUGCCACAAAAGAAUUGAAAAUGCAAUUAAGCGAAAUUUUAAAGAUACCCGACUUAACGGGAGAUGGAGAAGCAGCCGCUUUAGCAGCUGCCGCUAAGCGUUUAAGCCGUUCACGUACAUUUAGUAGCUGUGACUAAACCUCCCAUAGUUUCUAAUUAAUAAUAAUAAUGUUAAGCAAUGAAGACUUUCAAUAAUGAGAUCUAAGAAAAGUUUUUACAUUCAUUAUAUAUGUACAAUUAUUGUUGCAUUACUAAUCAGGUCAUUCAAAAACGGAAUAUUUUUAUUCGUUCUUGAGCCAUUUUUGCUUAAUUCUAAAGCACUUUUCAUUCGAAAAUUUGUUUCACAAGUUUCACAAGCCGAAAAUAAACCUCUGGUUAAUUAUUUCAUAACGCGUUAUAACAAAAAUGACAUUUGUUUCUCAAUUAUUUGUUAUUUAAUAUCUUUUUAAUUCGUUUAUUGCGUGCGUAUAUUUUUUCUUAAUUAAAAUUCAUUUAAAAUUAAAAUUUUCCUUUUUUUUUUUUUUCUUUUGUCUGCAUUGUGUUAGAUAUUUUUAUUCAGAACGCAAUAGAACUGAUCACUAAAUCCUUGUUUAUAUAUCUUAAGUUUGAAUUCCUUGUUAAGCAUAUGAAUAAGAAAUAGACAGUGUUUUUAUAUAAUAAGUUUAGAUAAUAAAAUAAUAAUAAAAAUUAAAU